GAACUUAUAUGAAAAAAAAUUUGCAUCUGAAACUAAAAUGGAAAUAGAAUCUUUAUUAACGACAACUGCAGAAAGAGUAGAUAUUAUUUUUAAUAAGUUGCUAGCAUCAAAUAAAAAAAAUAUUAUUGAUAACACAAAUUGUACAGAAGCAGCACAAGCUACAAGCAAUCGUGAAGAAAAACAACUUAAAUUAAUAAUUGCAAUAUUAAGAAGUAAUUCUGAUAAAAAUAAUCAUUCUUUGAAUAUUAAUAAUGAAUUGGAAAUGACAACUAUGGAAAAAUUAGAAUAUGAAGAACAUAUGCUUUUAAUUGAAGAAAGAAAAGAAAAAUUAAAAGAAUUGUGA